GCCAGUGGCACAGGCAUCAGCCGGGCCCGGCAGACCCAGAUGGCGGCAGAGAACUCUCAUUCACCGGAGGCCUGGCCACGGCUCCAUCACGGUCCUCGCGUGCCCAGGGUAGAGGGGAGCCUGGAGGCCGGGCCAGCCGCCGGAGUGCAGGCAGCAGGAAGGGAAAUGGGGCGCCCCCCAGACUCCCAUAGCACGCUGGCUCCAGUGGGCACUGCCGCAGUACCCGGGCUCAUUCCAGACCUCCUCGCCAGGCUCCCCUGGCCCUGCUGGGCUCUCCUCGCCAUUGCCGUGGCUGCCGGCAUCCUCGCCGUCUCCUGCCUCCUCUGUGUCGCCUGCUGUUGCCUCCAUCGCCGCAGCCAGGGCCGCAGGAGGAAGCCCAGGGUCCGGGAAGCUGUGGGCCUGGGCAGCCCUCGGCGCGCCACCAGCAGCCACCUGGUGCAGCCAGAUGUGGGUGACUCGGAGGCUGCCCCCGGGGGCCCCCAGCACUGGGGGCGCCUGCUGCUCUCCCUGGGGUAUGACAUUGGAAGCCAAGAGAUCAGGGUGGGCCUCAAGCAGGCUGAAGACCUGAGGGCCCGGGGCCCGGGUGGCACUGCAGACCCCUAUGCCCGCGUCAGCCUCUCCACGCAGGCGGGGUCCACGCACGAGACCAAGGUGCACCGCGGCACGCUGUGCCCCACGUUCCAGGACACCUGCUGCUUUCACGUGCCACAGUGCGAGCUGGCUGGGUCUGCCCUGCUGGUGCAGCUGCUGGACUUCAGGCGCUUCUCUGCCCACGAGCCGCUGGCCGAGCUCAGCCUGCCGCUGGGGGCCAUCGACCCGCAGCACGUCCUAGAGCGGUGGUACCAGCUGGGCCCGCCGGGCACCACCCAGCCCCAGGGCUCAGGCGAGCUGUGCCUCUCGCUCCGGUACGUGCCCAGCUCGGGCCGGCUGACUGUGGUCGUGCUGGAGGCCCGAGGCCUGAGCCCGGGCCUGACAGACUCCUACGUGAAGGUCCAGCUUAUGCUGAACCAGAGGAAAUGGAAGAAGAGAAAAACAUCGGCUCGGAAGGGCACGGCCACCCCCUACUUCAACGAGGCCUUCACCUUCCUCGUGCCCUUCAGCCAGGUCCAGAGCGUGGAUCUCGUGCUGGCCGUCUGGGCCCGGGGCCCACAGUUCCGGGCCGAGCCUGCGGGCAAGGUGCUGCUGGGCGCCCGGGCCUCG